ACGCUGGAAACGUUCCUUUGAGAUUCUGGUCCACGUUGACAUGACUGCAUGAAGAGUGAAUCUCCUGUUCUACCACAUCCCAGAGGUGUUCUAUUGGAUUCAGAUCCCGUGACUGGGAAGGCCACUGAAGAACACUGAACCCAUUGUCAUGUUCAUGAAAGCAGUCUGAGAUGAUUUCUGCGGUGUGACAUGGUGGAAGUAGAAGAUGAUAAAUUGUGACGGGGUGCACAUGGUCAGCAACAAUACUCAAAUACGCUGUGGCAUGAUUGAUUGGUAUUAAUGAGUCUAAAGUGUGCCAAGAAAACAUUCCCCACAGCAUUACACCAGCCUGGACUGCUGACACAAGGCAGCUGGGUCCAUGGAUUCAUGCUGUUAGUGCCAAAUUCUGACCCGACCAUCUGUGUGCAUCAGCAGGAACUGAGAUUCAUCAGACCAGGCUACGUUUUGAUGAGCCUCUGCACACUGCAGCCUCAGCUUUCAGUUCUUUGCUGACAGAAGUGGAACCCGACAUGGUCUUCCACUUUUGUAGCCCACCUGCCUCAAGGUUCGACAUGUUGUGCAUUCUGAGAUGCUUUUCUGCUCACCACAGCUGUCCAGAUUGGUUCUCUGAGUUACUGUAUCCUUACUGUCAGCUCGAGCCAGAACUACCCUUACUGGAUGUUUUGCCAUCCUGAGUAAACUCUAGAGAAUGCUACGUUAUAGAAACCAGCAUGUCUGUCACCAACAAUCAUGCCACGGUGAAAGUCACUGAGAUCACAUGUUCCCCCUUAGUUAUUUAAUGAACUCUUCCCGCACUCUUUCCUUCUACAUUUAAAGCCAGGUUUUGACUCCUAUACAGAAUGUACAGUUAGUAAAUAAAGUUCAGUACUCUUCUGGGCGUGUGCAGAGUGUCUGAUGAGUGUAAAGACAUGAUGGAGUUAUUUAUAGGGGCCUAUAAAAGUCUCUCAUGUUCAGCGGAGUCCGAUGGCAUGUUGUGUGUAAACAUGAACCGCGCUGGGGUUCGGGGUGCCGACUGUUCCCCUGCUCCGUCUCUCACGGGCGAGAACAUCCGAGUCAUCAUUUUGUGUGUCACUGAAACCUUGAGGAAAAUAUUCCAUAAUCAUGUACGUGGGCCGGUGGUGCAGUGUGUUCAGGGGCAAAGGCACAACAAAACUGCAGCACAGGACCGCAGGUGGUGUCCGAACAGCAAGCCAGAAAACCCCCUCCAGCUUAUGGAUGAUAUCUGCACAGGAUCAUGUGCACUAACAGCAUCAGGAACCAGGAGUGUGUGACAUGGCGAACUCUUAACGGCCUCCGUCUCGUUGCCCUCACGCCUGCUGAGGAUGAGGAUCAGCUGCUGUCGGCCGUGUGGAGCGGAGACGUGAGGAAAGUGAGGAAUAUUCUGAUGCGUGAGAAAACUCCGAGGGAUCUCCUGACGGCAGAUGCAGAAGGCUGGACUGCGAUACACGAGGCGGGUUAUUACGGCCAAGCGGAGUGCCUGAAGCUGCUGCUUACAGCUGUCCCUGAGAUGAUUAACACUCGAACCCAGAAACACCAGACUCCUCUCAUUCUGGCUGUGUCCCGGGAGCACUUCCUGUGUGUGCAGUAUCUUCUGGAGAAAGGGGCGAACCCCGGAAUUCCCACCAUAACCAACGAGACGCCUCUCUAUGAAGCGUGUGCCACGCGUAACGCUCGGAUGGUGCGUCUCCUGGUGAGAAACGGAGCAGAUGUCAAUCAGAAAUGUUUGGACGGAUGGACGGCCCUGCACGAGGCAGUGUCGCAGAACCACGUGGAGAUCUGUGAGGUUUUAGUGGAGCACGGAGCUGAGAUCAGCUCUCGCAACAUCUACGGAGUCACGCCGCUGUUCCUCGCUGCGCAGUGCGGAUGCCUGGAGCCGCUCAGGUUUCUCAUCCGAAACGGUGCUGAUGUCAACAGCGAGGCGAAAGACGGAGCCACGCCGUUGUACGAGGCCUGCAGGAACGAUCACUCAGACGUCGUCGGGUUUCUCCUGUCUCACAGCGUCGAUGCUAACAGACCCGGAAAGGACGGACUUCUACCUCUUCACAUUGCAGCGAAACACGGGAACGACGGGAUCGUCUCCAAACUGAUCCCGAUCACGAGCAUGACCGAAAUCCAGCGCAGCGGCGUCAGUCCUGUGCAUCUCUCGGCCGAGAGCGAUGAAGACCAAGCCCUGGAGAUCCUGAUCCACGCUGGCUUUGAUGUCAACUUCCUGCUGGCUCCAGAACGUUCCUGUAUGUAUGAAGACCGUCGCGUGUCACCGCUGUACUUUGCUGUAAAUAACAGGAACCUGGAGGCUGCCAGCAUGCUUCUCGACGCCGGCGCUGAUCCAAACCUGGACCCGUUCAACGUCCUGCUGCUGGCCGUGAGGCACGGUCACGUACGCAUGGCCACCUUACUCCUGGAGCAUGGAGCUAACGUUAACGCUUCCCUUCCUACACAGCCCAGCACGUUCCCUGCCUGCGUCAUGCUCAGCGUGAGGAACAUCGCCAUGGUGAAAUGCCUGAUGGACCACGGCUGCGAUGCCGUAGCGUGUUUUCAGUGCGAAUAUGGAGCCGAGGAUCAUCCGACGCACACCGGGAGCGAGCUGGAGACACGUCCGUGUUUGCAGUUCUGUGAGAUGAUCUCAGCUCGGUCGGUGUGUCACUGCACAGGACCAGUCGUUAACCUGCUCCUGGAUUACGUCGUUCAUGUAAAACUCUGUUCCAGACUCAAGAAACUGCUGGAAAGUGAUGAUUCCUGGAUGCAUGUCAAAGACAAAACAAUGCUUCCUCAGAGUCUACUGCAGCUGUGCAGAGUGAGAAUCCGACAGUUCGUGGGAAUAAAAAGACUGAAGUGUAUCAGGAACCUUCCAGGAAGAUUGAUCAGGUUCCUCAACCACGAUGUGCAAUGUGAAGAUAUACUCUAAACGCCUGCAUGUAUCGCAUUGCUUCUUAUUUUUGCGGCAAAUCCCAGCAGUCUUCAUCGGUCCAUAAUAUGCUGCUUCCGUUAAUGUCAUACAAACACUGUGCUAGAAGACUCAUGUUUGGGAAACUAAAAUGUUUAUUGUACUGAGUUGAUAGUGUAGAAGUCAUAAAAUAAACCCAUAACAAAUCGUGUAGUAAAAUAAAUAGGGUGGCUAAAACUUUUGCACAGUACUAUGUAAUAUAUAUAUAAGAUGUAGACAAUGAGAACCUGAUUAAACAAAUAAGACCAAAAAUAUUACACUUGGUCAUUUAUUUAUUGAGGGAAAUGAUCCAGUAUUAGAUAUCUGUGAGGGGUAAAAGUAUGUGCACCCUUUCUUUCAGAAUGUGGUGUGACUCCUUGUGCAGUAAUAACUGCAGAUAAACGUUUGGGGUAAGUGUUGAUCAUCUGCACGUCGACUCGGAGGAGUUUUAUCCCGUUCCUCAGUACAGAACAGCUUCAGCUCUGGGGUGUUGGUGUGUUUCCUCACAUGAACUGCUCGCUUCAGGUUCUUCCACAACAUCUC